CUUUAAUAACGGCAUUUCGUUCGGUUCCAGACUUCCGAGCCUGGUUGGUGAGUCAGCAUCUGGCGGCACCAUGGGCCAUCAACUGACAGCCCAGGAGAAGUAUCACCUGAUCACCCGGAACUUGCAGGAGGUUCUUGGAGAGGAUAAAUUGAAAGCCAUCUUGAAAGAGCGGGAGCUGAAGAUUUACUGGGGAACCGCCACGACGGGCAAGCCUCACAUCGCAUACUUCGUGCCCAUGUCCAAGAUCGCAGAUUUCCUCAAGGCUGGCUGUGAGGUGACCAUUCUGUUUGCUGACCUCCAUGCCUACCUUGACAACAUGAAGGCUCCAUGGGAACUUCUGGAGUUGCGCACUCAGUAUUAUGAGAAUGUCAUUAAGUCAAUGCUAGAGAGCAUUGGGGUGCCUCUGGAGAAGCUCCGGUUCAUCCGAGGGACUGACUUCCAGCUCAGCAAGGAAUACACACUGGAUGUUUAUCGACUGUCCUCUGUUGUCACCCAGCAUGAUGCCAAGAAGGCUGGCGCAGAAGUGGUGAAGCAAGUGGAGCAUCCCCUCCUUAGUGGUCUUCUCUACCCUGGGCUGCAGGCACUGGAUGAAGAGUACCUGAAGGUUGAUGCACAAUUUGGAGGAGUGGAUCAGAGAAAAAUUUUCACUUUUGCAGAAAAGUACCUUCCGUCCCUGGGCUAUGCAAAACGCAUCCACCUGAUGAACCCCAUGGUGCCCGGAUUGACGGGCAGCAAAAUGAGCUCUUCGGAAGAGGAGUCUAAGAUUGAUCUCUUGGAUCGAAAAGAGGAUGUGAAGAAGAAGCUUAAGAAAGCUUUCUGCGAGCCAGGGAAUGUGGAGAACAAUGGGGUCUUGUCCUUCAUCAAGCAUGUGCUCUUCCCCCUCAGAGCAGAGUUUGUGAUCUUUAGAGAUGAGAAGUGGGGAGGAAAUAAAACUUACACGAGCUACGGGGAUCUCGAGAAGGACUUUGCUGAGCAGAUUGUCCAUCCUGGGGACUUGAAGAACUCUGUAGAGGUGGCCUUGAAUAAGCUCCUGGAUCCCAUCAGAGAGAAGUUCAGCAGCUCACAAAUGAAGAAACUCACCAGCUGUGCAUAUCCUGAUCCAUCCAAAGCAAAAGCUGCUGUGAAAGGCUCCACAAAGAACUCUGACUCCGAGGAAGUAGUACCGUCCCGAGUGGACCUCCGGGUUGGCAAAGUGCUCAGCGUGGAAAAGCAUCCUGAUGCUGAUACUCUGUACGUGGAGAAGAUUGAUGUGGGGGAGCCCGGACCCCGUACCGUGGUCAGUGGUCUGGUAGAGUUUGUGCCCAAGGAAGAGCUCCAGGACAGGCUGGUGGUGCUAGUUUGCAACAUGAAGCCCCAGAAGAUGCGGGGAGUGGAAUCCCAGGCCAUGCUGCUUUGCGCUUUCAGUUCUGGGGAUCCCUGCCAAGUAGAGCCCUUGGAUCCACCAGCAGGCUCCUGUCCUGGAGAACGAGUAUUUGUAGAAGGCUAUGAAAACGGCCAACCGGAUGAUGAGCUGAAACCCAAGAAGAAAGUAUUUGAGAAGCUGCAGGCUGACCUCCAGAUUUCUGAGGGCUUUGUGGCCCAGUGGAAGGGGAAGAACCUUAUGACCAAUCUGGGGAACCUGACGUGCAAAUCUCUGAAAGGGGGCAGCAUCCGCUAGAGCCCCCAGCCUGCCCCUCUCCUCUGCCCAGUGUCAUUUCCUGCCCAUCACUCUUCUCUGUGCUUCCAUCGGCCUCCCAGGCAGUGAUCCUUGUGCAGCUGCCUUUGACCCAAGAAAUCAUGAACAGGCUGGACCUCCUGCCUUCAGUGCAGUCAGAAAGGAAAACAACUUCUAGCAGUGGCUGGAGCACUGGGACUCCUUACUCUCGCAGUGGGCUAAAGGUCUGUUUGUGCUGGGGAAGAAAGAGCCUGUUGCUUCGUUUCACUGACUGUUUGGUGAAGGUGAUGAAAGCUUCUCCUUUUCAAAUGUCCUGGGAGAAUGAGAAGCCCCACCGUUGAGACUGAUCUCCCCUCUGUGGGGAGUUGCUUCCCCCAAACGGUUGCAGUCUUAGGUUCAGGUAAUAUGGGAGGUCUCGCUUCUUUAACCUCUGCUGCUUCUGUUGAGCUUGGAUCCAGGCUGGCCAACAUGUAGGACAGUGUUUCUCAACCUUGGCAGCUUUCGGAGGUGUGGACUUCGGAGCCAGGCUGGGGAAUUCUGGGAG